AGGUCGCACCUGCCUGGAGUUCGCGCUGCUGGACUCGCGCUGUCCGCGGCCGUCGUCUCCAGUCUCUGGGCCCCCGCUCCGCUGACAAAAGAUCCCCACUAUGGCCUGCUGCCGGCUCACUCUGCGGGACGACAUCCUGCCGUUCUGGCGCUCCUGGGUCGUGGUGCUGGUGCCACUGCUGCUCUGUCCCCUGCCGCUCGUCUCCAAUACGAAGGAGGCCUGGUGCGGCUACGGCGUCCUCAUCAUCGCCAGCUACUGGAUGACGGAGGCGCUGCCGGUGGCGGCCACGGCGCUGCUGCCGACGGUGCUGUUCCCGCUGUUCGGCGUGCUCGACACGAGCACGGCCAGCCAGCAGUACAUGACCAGCACCAACCUGCUCUCCAUGGCCGGCCUGAUGGUGGCCGUGGCCGUGGAGAAGAGCAACUUCCACACGCGCGCCGCCCUCCGUGUAGUGCUCACCGUCGGAUCGAGCGUCAAAUGGCUGAUGAUGGGCUUCAUGGGCAUCACCAUGUUCUUCUCCAUGUGGAUGUCCAACACGGCCACCACAGCCAUGGUGGCGCCCAUGGUGGAGGCCGUCGUGGAAAAUCUCACCGAGAAAAUGGAUGAUUCAGAAGACGAGCCUGUUACUGAAAAAGAGGAAACAAGACAGUCAGAAAGGGAUGUGGAAACGUCGAAUAUGGAGCCCGCUGGGUUUGAUGAAAUAAGCACUGAACUGACUGAAAAGAAGCCGGCUACCACGAUGACGGUCGAACAGCUCCGACCGCCUCUGUUCCUUUGUGUGGCGUACGCGGCCAACUGUGGAGGAAUGGGAACGCUGACCGGCACCACACCCAACCUCGUCCUCCGGGGCAUUGUCGAACAGUAUUAUGGCACCGAGACGGGCCUGAGCUUCGCCAGCUACAUGCUGCUGGGCGUUCCUACCAUGCUGCUCUGUACUCUGAUCGGAUGGAUACUUCUUAUCGUCAUAUUCCUCGGGCCGCGCUACCUCCUGAAGGACCCGACGGACCCGGCUCGGAUCGCGGCCGUCCGUCGAAGUCUCCAGGACCGCUACGACGCGCUGGGUCCGAUCAAGUUCCACGAGAGUGCCGUCUUCACCCUACUGUGCCUGCUGGUGGCACUGUGGUUCUUCAGGGAGCCCCAGUUCAUGCCCGGGUGGAACGUCCUUUUCACUGAGACUAAUAUCGAUGACGGAACGGCAGGCAUGUUGAUCGUCGCCCUGAUGUUCAUGAUACCGGCCAGGCCCAGAUUCUGGUGUCUCAAAGAGGAAUGUCAUAAGGCUGAGCCCAGCGAGGCUUUGCUGACUUGGCACGACGUUCAGACUCGGCUCUCCUGGGGCAUUGUUCUGCUGCUUGGCGGCGGGUUCGCGGUGGCCGAGGCGACCACCGAGUCCGGACUGUGCGCCUGGCUGGGAGACCAGCUGACGGCACUGGACGUGCUGCCCAACCCGGUCAUCAUUCUGCUGAUCGCCAUCUUCAUCACCAUGCUGACCGAGGUCUGCAGCAACGGCGCCAUCGCUUCCGUCAUGCUGCCCGUCAUGGCGCAGCUGGCUGUGUCCCUUCGCGUGAAUCCGCUGUACCUGAUGCUUCCGACGACCCUAAGCUGCUCGUUCGCCUUCAUGCUGCCCGUGGCCACGCCGCCAAACGCCAUCGUCUUCGGCGCCGGCAACCUGAAGUCGAAGGACAUGUUGCGAGCCGGCAUAGUGAUGAACCUCCUCUGCGUGAGUGUGACGAUGCUGGUCAUCCCCACACUCGGCAACGCGGUGUUCGACCUUGACACCUUCCCGGACUGGGCCAACACCACAAUCCCCAUCUGAGCAGGACGCCAAGGCGACACGAGCGCUAAUACGUUAAUGAAAUCGCCAGUCAACGCCUGAGAACUAACAACAAACUGGUUGCCAUAGUGAAUAGCCGGCAACGUCAGCAAGUCACACACCAGACCUAGAGUAUUGAUCAGACAUGAGUCCAGCAGCUCCAGUUACGUAAGGAAUUACGUAACAUUUUAUCUUAGAUGCCUAUAUCGUUUUUAUCCCGUGAUGCCAUCAUUAUAUCUGAUUUGCUGAGAUUUACUCUGCCAAUGAGGCGAGAGUCGCAUUUGUGGGGUUUUGUUUUAACAUGGAGAGUGGAGACACAAAUCAUUCACGAAUCAUUGUUUUCAGCUACUGCACUAUACUAUUGUAAGUACAACUGCACUAUAUAUUUUACAUAUUUUACGAUCUACAACUGUACUAUCGCAAGCCGAUGUUUGCUCCAAGGUCGGGUCAUUCUUCUUCUUUGUCUAUUGAAAAUUGUUAAUUUAUUGAUAAUUGAUUAUUGUCACCGAACUUUUACGGUUGUAUUCCCCUUACUAUCUGCAGGCUAACAGCCGUUCACCGUUGAUCUAAAGCAAAAUGUUUGCCAUUUUUCUCAUACCAAUCCACCAAGUGUUCCCGGGCGAUCCAGAUUGCCAUGCAACUGACAUGGCAAACACUAGAAUACAGUACGAAAGUGUCACGCAAGACGAAUAAGUCAGAGUUGGCAAUGGCGCAAGCAUCACGGAAAUAUGAUGAGCGAUUGGAAAUGAGCGCCCAUGUCUUUCGAAUGGCUGUUUGUGAUGUUUGCCUGUUUGUUGUGGGUCGAUUAUGUAUGUGACCAUUGUUAUAUGAUGUAAAUAUAUUCUAUCUUAAUUGGCGGGUAUCUGAGAUAAAACCAUGCUACGUAACUUAAAGAAAAGUCGCAAAAUAUUGGGAAAUAAUUGGAGUGAGGUAUAUCAAGUGCUCAUACUCGUAGAUGAGACUGAUGAUGAAGGAGGAAAAUGUAUGCAUUAAACUGGUACUGGCAGAGUGUUAAGUGCAACGGGUGUGAGAUUGUUGCAUAAUGCAAAUCUAGAAUAGGACAACGAUUA